GAGUGAAGCGGCAAAGUCGAGUAAGAGGCAGACAGAAUUCACAGACGGCUCGUCGUAUCCCGAUGUAAACCAGGAGACGGCAUUUCGAGCUCGUUCGUUCACGCACGAGGGCGGUUUUUCUUCGAGGUCUUCGAUCGAGCUUCGUGAUCGGCGAUCGUAACGAGCUACCCGACCAUCGCGCACGGCUAACGGCAAUCGAUCGAAACGACCACGAGACCACGGAAUCACGACAAGCAUGCCGUUCUUCAAGAAGCUUAGGAGAUUCUCCAGGCACAAAACUUUGUUUCCAGUCCGUCGUUUUCCAGCGGAUAAAUAGAGCUUUAUGCUGACAAGCGAUGUGCGAUAUUUCUUCCGCACUGCAAAAGAAGAUUCCUGACGAGAUUACAAAUCACAUCUUCGCUAUGGUUCUCGAUCUCGCGAGCCGCCACAGAAUUAUCCUCGCGCACAUCCUACGUAUCUCUGGAUUAUUUCUCCCCGGCGAAUGUGCGUUUCCAUUGAAAAUUGCUCGGUACUUUCAUCGUGAAACGAGGGGAAAACUGGCCUGCGAUGGUGAUCGAUGACUUCUUCUCCGUGAGACGUCGGAAAGGAGAGAAAAGUCGCAAGAGCUCGACCUACCUUCGACCAGGAAACGAACGAUUGUUCCCACCACGAUUUCGUGUUAGAAAUUUUAAGGGCGCUAACCGUCAACGACCUUCUUCCGAGCUUACACGCUUAUUUCUAUCUUCAGAUACACGUCGUUUACGCUCUUGCGAUAUAUCUACAUUCUUCACGGCAAGUCUGCGCUUUUUGCCAGCUUGAAAAAACUAUGGCAAAUAUUAAGGCAAGAUUAAAAUCGAUUUAUCAAGGGCAAAAUCUACUUACGCGCGAUGCCAUCGUACCUACGUGAUGUAAAUUGAAAUUCACUUGGAAAAUAAAUGCGAGGGAUGGUGCGCGUUCGCGGAUAUCGAAUCUGGAGAGCCGGUGGCAACCGAGAGGAAUGUCAAUUAUGUAAAUUUCUCCGAGGAGCAAAGCGGAAUCGUAAAAAGCGAAAGAACGCGCUGUAUGCUACUAGCCAAGCUGCGCUAUACGUGUACGACGAUCUUCUUAUAUCUAUUGUAAUCCAAAAUGUCAGUCGGCAUGUUCGUAAGUUUGCGGACACCAAGCAUGGAUAAGAGAACAGCUGGCUCGACUACGUUCUGUACUCGCGAGACAGGGAAACAACGCUAUUGACCGCGUCCCCCUGACGUUCUCUAUCCCUCGAGAAAUUACUCGAUCUUCAUGCGCGGCUUUUGCCUUUCUCUCACCUCUACCUCCAUUUUCCAGGGUAAAGCAUUCGUUGCUUUCCACGAGAUUUACGACUUUUUCGUGGCUUUUCAAGAUCCGCGUCCUAGGAAAGAUUCAACUCGCGAAGCAAAGGGAAAUGUGGCUAUCCUCGUCCGAGUGCGUUUCCACUUUUUCUCCGUUGCUCGGCCGCCUGUUCACGCUUUAACGAAGAAGAAUGACGAACAUGGUCUGCGUCGAGCAAGGGCAAGCGAAUUUUUUAACCAGUACCUACAGACGAUGAAUUAUCGCGUACAUUUGAUCGCCGAUUAUUUUGAAACGCUUUCAACGGACGAUCCUUUCAUAAAACGCUCCUCUAUCCUCUAUGAGCUUCGGAAAUUUUCAUUUCUACUUUCCAUCUUGCAGACUAAAUGGAAAUUUUAUACUUGGCUACUGGUAUUUUUGAGAAGAAAAAAAAAAAAAAAAUAAAAUGAUAUUGAGCGAUUUUCGACAAUGUUCGAUAUGUAAAGGUAGAACGUCGAUGAAAUUUCGCGAUCUUGAAGCAAUCAAGUUUGAGUCGACUAGCACUAGCUAAAAAAAAGAGAUUAAACGAUUUUCGAUAAUGCUCGAUGAGGGGAGGUAGAGAAUCGUUGAAACGAUCUCGAAAAAACCAAGUCCGCCGUUAGUUGGAAAUAUCGAACAUCGCUCUCACGAAAGAAGCUUCUCUCCAGCGUACUUUAGUUCGGAGCACCAGAAUGUCUGCAGGAGGUAUCGAGGUAUAUCGUGAAACAAAAUCGGCGAGUCAGCGUCCUUACGAUUCACGAUUGCACAUUCCAUGUAUUUACAUACUCGCGAGGUAAUUAGCGGCGAGGAAAGCGAGACGACAGGCGUCGAUGCACCGUCUGUCGUCGCGAUCGAUCGAAAAAAAAAAAUGUCUCGCGGUCGUAACAUAAGGACGGCGCGUGUGACCUCGAAUGUUAAUUUCUCAACUUCCGAGACGUAUUUCCGAGAAGGAAAUGCCUGGCAGAAACUCGAUUCUUGCAUCAGCCGAGUCCGUAUUCGCAUUUAGCCCAAUUACUCCCUCUGCACGUACCCACCUUGCUCGCCAUUCUUCCCUCUCUCUGUUCAUCAUGUUCCCCUCACCCUUUUUCUCUCUUUUUACCUCCCCGCCAGUUCUCUUUCUCUUCUCUCGAUACACUGUAAUCAGCCUUCUAGACAAGACACGACGACUCACGUUAUACUUACACACUUUCAGCCCUGAAUUCUUUCGCGUGCCUUUCCAAUACGAGAGACUGCAUCAAAGUUGCAUCAGCCGAUUCCUCGGUCCAGCUACGCGAUAUUUCCACCUGCAGCCACCUAACGGUUGGCUACUUUUUCUUAUUUCCUUGAUCGAUCUUUUCCAUCUCCUUCCUCGUCCCGUUCGUUUCGAUCGGUUAUGAAAUCAUCGAAACUCCCCAUCCAGGACUCGCUGAUUUCGUAACGCGUCUCCCGACUAUCGCACAAAAAGGCGAAACGACAUUGUUCGGACAAUUACGAGACACGAUACCUGCUGCAGUCUCGAUUUUCAACGGAAUAUUACGCCUGGGUGUAUCGAACUACGUUCGAGGAUCAACCGGGUGCAAGGACGGCCGAUUCUACUGCAACUACAGCCAGUCACCGGCUAUACUUUAUUCGAUCGGUUGACUUAUCAUCGCUUCGGUGUCUUCUGCGCUCGAUCUUCGACAAAGAAGUUAUUAUCGCGCUAUGUUUCGAUAAAGAAGCGGGUACGAUAGGUGAACAAGUUGCAGCUUCAAAGAAGAAGGACGACAAAGAGACGUUUUUUGUAGCUGCGGGACCUUUGGUCGGCUCUUCUCGGAGAGGAGAGGUUCGUGCCGCUAGCCGAAACAACGAAAAGGGACCAAAACGAACGGACAACCGAACCGGAUCGUCGGCGGAGAAGAACGCGAUGAAGAUGAAGAGGAAAGGAGAAUGGCAGAAUGGCGGAGAAGCUCGGACCGUUGGUGAAAAAGAAGAAAAAUGAUUGGAUCGACAGGGAAGAACCAACACCGUCAUAAAAGAAUGAACUACAGGGGAACCCGAGUAUACGAGAGGGAGAGAGAAAAUGAGAACACCAGUGGAAAAACUAUGCGAGGAAUGGGCUCUAGCGAAUAGUCGCGAAUGCGUAGAGGGCAGCGGUUCUGCCGGUACAACGCACGAUGAAUCUGAGGAUGCAUCGGAAGCCAGGUUCACCCUCAAAUAUUUAGGUAGUACCCUCGUCGAAACACCCUCGAGCGAAGAAGCUACGGCUGAAGCCAUCAAAACCGUCAUUACUAUGGCAAAAGCAAGCGGUAAGAAGCUGCAACGGGUCUCUUUAGCUGUGAGUUUAAAGGGUAUUAGAAUGACGGACCUUGCCACGGAAGAAGAUCAGCUUCAAGUGUCUAUAUACAGAAUUUCAUAUUGUUCGGCGGACGCCGCUCACGAUCAUGUGUUCGCAUUUAUCGCAACAAAUUUGAACGAAACUAUGGAGUGCCACGCGUUUCUCUGCCCCAAAAGAAAAAUGGCGCAAACGGUAACGUUAACUGUGGCUCAGGCGUUUAACACGGCUUACGAAGCUUGGCAGCUGUCCCAAGCCGAUCCUAGGAUCCAUCACGCUCAAGAUAAAAGCCCCUCGUUAACUGAUGAUAGGAAUGAAAACAACGAAAAAAAGAAAAACGAAGAAGAGGCAAAAUCCGUAAAUAUAGUUAACGAACAGAAUAAAGACAAUGCUCAGCGGCGUAAUGCGAACGAUACGCCAAAAAAUCUUCUAAUUGAUUUGUCGAAUGAGACUAAAGCAACCGGAAAUUCAUGGGUUUGCUUCGAAGAUGAAGAUGGUAAGAAGAUACAGAAAAAGAGUAACGCUAUUAGCAUUCCCAUGACGACUUUGAGACACAGCACGACGUCUGCGUCGCACCACGUUAUGCCGAAACCAACGACAGGCUUCAAAAUUCAAAAUGCUUGGGGUGAAUCGAGAUCUGUAGACUUGAUGUGCUCGUAGCAGGCGUAGCCUUCGGCCGAUAGCUUCCGAGACGUGCCAUUAAUCACCGAUCUCUGGAAGCAUCUAUCGAAUAACGGCCAACCGAGGAAAAUCAAGCAAUAGACUAAUUACUAUCGUCGAACUCACGAUAUACCAUUAAACAUCAAUGAAUCGACUCGUUGGAAGAAAUAUCUUGCAGCAAAUGCCAUUUCGAGAAAAACAAGAUGCUGGUCGAUCGAUUCCAACGUAACGCUCGGCUGAUUUCUAAACAAAAUUUCCUGUUCUGUUGUGACAAGACUACCGAAUACGCUUACCGAUAUUUUACGAAUAUCACGGAGUCGACGAUUGAAUGGUGAUUUUUGUUGUGGUGAUUUUUCCAUACAUUUUACGUCCUCGGAGAACUAUCGAUAUCGAGCGGUGCUCGACAAAACAAAUAAAUCGACAGAAAGUGGGUUUUGUUUCAUCACCAAGAAAUGGGAGCAAUUUUUGAAACCUUUUUGUAUGAUGCCUGUAUCCGUGCCAAUUCUUUCACACAUAUCGUAUACAAUUUUAUAUUACUGUAUCGUGUGCGUGCGUCUACAGCAAGUUUUACUAUUUUAACACUAUAUGUAUACCAAAACCAUUUAUUUCCGAACGAUUUUGCGUAAAAUCAAAGGAUACUUAAGAGACGACAUCAAAUUGUCCGAUCAUCUAUGACGAAACAAAACGAAUUCCUAUAAUUCUCAUUAGAUAUAAUUGAAUUUUAUUCGUUGUUAAAUAGCUGGGCUAUUUCUUAGUCGGGCGUUUAUAAAUUUGUUUCUACGCGAAAAAUGUAUUUAGAGCGUAUGUUUACGAUUAGGUAGUGACAGAGAACAUACUAAUUAUACGAUAUUAAUAUCGUUUCUUAUGUUGUAAUUUCUAAGAAAGAAAUAUGUUUUGAUAUUAAUUUUUGUCCGUUUUCCCCUUUUUUGUUAAAAGAGAAAUUAGUAGAAAUUAGUUUUAUUUUUUUGAAAUACAUACUGAUAGAUAUUGUCAGUAAGAUGAUCUUAGUCAAGUUUAUGAAAUAAGAGUAAUUUGACAUUAAAAACAUGCAUUGGUACGUAUACUGUGAAAGCAUGUAUCUAUUUAACACGUUCAUCAUCAAAAUUCGUAGAUAAUUUAUGCGGAAUUUACAUUGAGUGUAAAGUAUGUCGCUUGAAGGGUUACUCGCGAUCUCUGAACUACACGUCUAUCUACGAUAACAUAUUUGUGAUUAAUCGCGAAUAUAAUUAAGCGGUCAAGGAGAUGCUUUCAAGAGUUUCAAAUCAGACUUUGAGUUGUUGCAAGUUACAAUCGUUAUCGUAUCGUUAUCAUUAUAUUUUAAAGCUUUUUAAAAGAACUCUUCCUUUUAUCGCAAGAAUAUAAUAUACACCGCAUUGACUUCUUUUUACAAUAUUUGAGCAAUUUUAUAUUUAUGUCACAUGAAAAAUCGUAUUCAUCCCCGGAGAACGAUAGCAUUUAUGACGUACGAUGUUACAUUAUAGGUAUACGAAAGUUUGUUGUCUGAUAGUUGAACGUAGUCGGCUAUUUUCGUAGGAAAUUCGAUAGAUGUAUAGCGCAAAAUGAUAUUAUACAAUCAUUGCUGUUCGUAACAUUCACACUUAUUUGUGAAUCGAUGUUAAAAAUGCCGGCCGAUUUGUAGCUAAACUUUAACGUUCAAACCUUGUCGAGCUUCGUGUUCGAAAACAAGUUAGGAAGCGAUACGUAUUUGUUGUUGGAUUGUUUCGUUGAUUUGUUAAACAAACUAUAGGAGUAAUUGAUAUUUUGUUGGUGAAAAUUGCCAGUAAUUUUGUAUGGUCAUAAUACGAUCGGCGGGGUGCGUUUUUGCAGUUGUGCCACGGUUGUGCAACGUCGCUUAAUAUCACUAAGUGUUUGAAUAUAAUUACACGUUAAAUACACUCAUACAUAUCCA